CUCUAGUAACUGAAAAACAGACACAAGAGAAGAAGAACCUUAGGGUAAUCGCGGAGUAACCGUGAGGGGUUCUUACUUUAGUUCUGCAUGCCAGAGUGUCUUUGGUGAGCAACACAGCAUCUUAAGUAAGUAUGAGCUGGGCUGUAGAAGAGUGGAAGGAUGGCCUUCCUGCAAAGGCCUUACAAAAGAUCCAAGAGAUUGAAGGGCACCUUGACAAGAUAAAGAAGGAAAGACAGCAGAAACAGUUUCAGCUGGAUUCCCUUGAAGCUACAUUACAAAAACAGAGGCAAAAGAUGGACAGUGAGAAAAGUGAAGCAUCUGCCCUUAAGAGGGAAAAUCAGUCUUUGGUAGAAUCUUGUGAAAGUCUGGAAAAGUCUAGACAGAAACUUGCACAUGACAUCCAAACAAAGGAGCAACAGGUGAAUUAUCUGGAGGGUCAACUCAAUUUGUGCAAGAAGCAGAUUGAUAGACUAGAACAAGAGGUCAAAAAGUACAAGCAUGAGUUGGAACGGUCCCAAACUUCACAUGCUUCAGAAAUCCAACCGUUUAGUACGCCACAGAAAACUUUUGCAACCCCUGCGACACCUAAUCAUUGGCAACAGGAUUCAAAAUUAAGUGACCUACAGGAAAAGUACAAUCGAGAGGUUGAGGAGCGGAAAAGGUUGGAAGCUGAAAUCAAAGUCAUGCAUGUAAAACUUCUGAACCAGUCUACAGUGAGCCAUAAAGACAUUGCAAGACAGCAGGCAGGGUCCUCAAUUUUCCCUUGGCAGCAAGACCAAACACACAGUCAUCAGUCUCUGACUGUGAUUGAGACACCCUCUAGCAGAAGAAACGGACCCUCUGGGAUGUCAUGGUCUUACGAUGACACACCAAUUAAGCCCCACCAGCCGUUCACAUCAGGCACUCAAAGUGACACAGCUGGAUCACAGCAGAUGGAACAGCUUAAGAAUAUAAAUCAAGAUCUAAGGUCAAGGGUUUCUGAGCUAGAGCUCCGUCUUCAAGCUCAAGAGAAGGAAAUGAAGAAUCAGGUCAAUAAAUUCAGUGAAAUUCAAAGUCAAUUCGAAAUGGCCAAGAAAGAUCUGGCAGAAAAGGACAAACUCCUCAGCAAGUCCAGAGAUGAACUCGCAAAGGCUACAGGACAGUAUGAGCAGUCAGUUUCUAAGUGUUCAUCUCUUGAGAUGAAGCUGAAGCAGGUAACAGAGGAGAUGAACUGUCAGAGACAUAAUGCUGAAAGCAUGCAUAGAUCUUUGGAGCAGAAAAUCAAGGACCAGGAGAGAGAGAGUCAAAAGGAACUUGCACAACUUCAAAGCUCCCAUCAAGCUCUUGAUCAGCAAUUUAACCAGGUUAAAAAUAAAAUGAGUAUGGAGAUCCAGCAAGCCAAAAAAGAGUACAAUGUUUUGCAGUCAGAUGUGGAUAAGGUAACUGCUCUAAAGAAUCGACUGGAGAAAGAUUUGGAGGAGCUGAAACAGAAACUUCUCAGGUCUGAACAGGCAUUGCAGGCCAGUCAAGUGAAGGAGACAGAAUUAAAGAAGAAAUUUGAUGAGUUGCAGAGAGAGAAGAAUACUCUCAGUUGUCAGUUAGAUCAAGGAAUGAAAAGGGUCAAACAACUUGAAGAGGAAAAACAAAAUACUGAGCAAAACCUUGCCAAAAGCCGUACAAUGGUGGAUGAUUUAAAAGUUAAGACACAAACCCAGAGUGAAGAACUGACUGAGCUUCGCAAAAAAUUGGACCAUCAAAGUGUAUCAUCUGCUCAAGAAUUGGAAAAUGCCAAGAAAACUCUGGCUGAAACGGAAGCAAAGAAUAUGAAGAGUCAGGCCGAGUUGCAAAAACUAGUUCAUGAAGUUGAACUCAAAGCUAAUAAGAUAUGUGCGAUGGAGAAAGAAAAUAAAGACCUCAAAAUGACCUCAAACGCCUGUCAGAAAGAAGUUGCUGAGACGAAGAAAGAGUUUGAGGCUCUUCUGCAGUGGAAAACCGAAAAGGAACAGUUGAUUAAUAACACUGAAUCCAACCGUGAAGAAAUGCUGAGUAAAAUUGCAGAUCUGGAGAAUGAUAAAGCCAAACUCAAUUAUGCUCAUGAUGGUCUCCAGAAAAUGAUGCAGGAUUUAGAAAAUGAGAAGAUUUGCCUAUCUGGUCAGAUUGAUUCACUCAAAGGUGAACUGCUUGUAAAAUGUGUGGAGCUGGAGGAAAAAGGUAGAGUAUAUGAGGAGCUUCAACAGCAGUUACGUGAGACACAUCAAAAACAUAAUAAGGAAAUGGACAAUUUGAAGCAACAAAUCACUCUGAUGCAGGAGCAGGUGCGUGAGCUUGAAGCUAAACUGCAUCAAGAAACAAGUAAGUUGGAAGGAUUGGAGAAGACCCAUGGUCAACUCUUUGCUGAAUAUGAAAGUGCUUGCGACCUGGCUAAAUCAAAGGACUCUAUUAUUGAAAUGAACAGAACUGAGAUUGAGCAUCUUCAGGAAACCAUUGCCUUGCGAGAGCAAGAGCUAGAGAAAUUUAAAGAGGAGAAAGACAUGUUAGCUAAAGAAUGUGAAGACCGCCUUGUACAAAACAAAGAGCUGGAGCAAGAAAAACUGAAUGUGGAAACAUCCCUGCAGGAGGUACUUGAGAAGAUUGCCCUCUUGGAAUCAGACCUAAAGUGUCAAAAAGAUUUAAAUGCAGAUAUCCAAGGAAAGUAUGAUGAUAUUUCUAAAGUCAGAGAAGAUCUAGCAGAGAAAGUGUCUUUAGUGGAAAAGAGGGAAAAAGAUCUUAUUCUUGAAGUUGAAUCUCUGCUACAAAAGAAUAAGUCAUUCUGUUCUCUUGAAGAGCAGUUUAAUUGUCUUGUUUCUGAGGCAGAAGAAACCAGAAGUUCCCUGGAAGAAGUAAAGGAACUACAAGUUCAGACCGCCACCGAGUUGGAAACUCAGAAGACAAUAGCUGAGAAUCUUGCAAAAGAUAUAGAAGAAGAAAAAAGGAAGGCAUCAAGCUUAGAGCAUGAUAAUGCACUACUCAAAGUGAAACAACAAGAGGUCGAAAAUAAAGCUAAUGAUCUAGCUGAGAAGUGUGAAAGCCUCCAGAAAUUCCAUGAUGUUGUUUGCCAAGAGAAAGAAAAUCUUCUUAAACAGGUUUCUGAAAUUACAGGAGCACUUGCUGAAAAAGAUGCAGUGGCAGAAAAUAUUGUGUUAAUGCAAACUGAGCUUGAGGCCUCAAAUCAUUUGUCCACCACACUAAAGAAUUCACUAGAAAGUCUUCAAAAACAGUUCGACUUAUCUGCAGAGCUGAAUUUAAGUCUGGAAAAAAAUGUACAAGACAUAUCUGAAGAAAAAGCGUUAUUCGAGACAAGUAUCAAGAAGCUCACUGAAAGACACAACAAGGAAUCUGAAACUCAUGUCUCUGAAACUGAAACUCACCUUAAAAAACAAAAGAGUUUAGAGGAGCACAUCAGUGUACUUGGAGCAGAAUUACAGAGUAAAUGUCUAGAGGCCAGAAAUGCUUCAGAGAAACUAGAGGAGGCUGCUCUUGAAAAGGUAAAGUUGAAGCAAGAUCUUGACUUAUCUAAGGACCAACUCAGGGAGGUCACUGAUUCCUAUCAGAAAGUUGCAAAGGAACUUGAAGACUUGAAACAAAGUGCAUAUCCGCAUGAGCAGGAGAUAGAAAGUCUCAAAGCUGCUUUGGCAGAUUUAAAAAGCCAAGAAGCUGCAAAAUCCUGUGAGAUUGAAACUUUGAAAGGAAAACUUCAGGAGGCUCGAUCUGAGCAAGCUAAAGCGUUAGAAGCACUGAACGAAAAAAACAUUAACGUGAACAAAAUCAAAGUACAGCUUGAAAUGUUGCAGAUGGAUCUUGAAGAUAAUGAAACCUGCAUCAAUUCAUUUGAAGCACAAGUAGAGGCACUGCAAGGCAAUAUCAGUGUUCUUGAAACAAAGUUAGGUGAGAGUGAGGCACAGAGGUCCAUCCUACAAGCAGAGCUCGAGUCCGUCAAAGAAGACUAUGCAAAAAGCGCACUUGAAGUGUCACAGCUAUCUGCGUGUUUGGAGAAAACACAAGAAGAACAACAAUCCAGUUCUGCAUUAUUCACGGAGUUGGAGUCUUUACAUGCAACCCAUGAAACACUUAAAGAUUCCCUUGAGCAAGAGAAUUGUAAGCAGGCAAACCUUGAAGCAAUGUACAACAAUCUUAUGGAACAAAAGCUUAAGUUGGAAUCCGAUUUUCAGGAAUCAAAAGCAGAUGCCCAGAAUUCCCGUGAGCAAAUAGAUCAAUUCAAGCAGUCAAACGAUUCUCUGGUAUCUCAAAUUGCAGAACAGCAAACAUACAUAGAACAACUUCAAUCUGAGAAGAUUCUUGCAGCAAACUCUGAUGCAGACACACUGAAAAAAGAGCAAACUGCAGAUGAGAAUGACCAAGAUAUUUGUGAAAUGCCAUUUGCUAACACAUCUAUUUUGCCCUUUGAAGAAGAUAUUGCUGUCCUGGGUAUUUCAUCACCUGGAGAGCAUCUUGAUUCACAAGAAGAGGCCCAAACGUCAUUGCCAUCAGAUGAGGAUGGCAAACAUAUACCGCUGAAAGAUCAAAUGCAAAAUAAAUCCAGGGAGCUUGAGGAGAUGUCUCAUGUUCUUAAGGAGACUAUCAGAACCAUGGAGGAGCAAACAGGAAUUAAAAUAGAACAACUCAAAUUACAGCAUGCUAAAGAGCUCCAGAGAAUGGAGGAGCAAAUGCUCCGUAUCAGAAAUGAGUUGGAGGCCAAACUUAAAGAAGAAAAGCAACACACAGAGAUCUUGUCCUCACAACUGGAGGCAACCAUGCAACAACUGCAGGAAUUGGACCUUGCAUCAUCCUCCUUGCUGGCUACUGAACCCUCCCAGGAAAUGGAAAAAAUGACACAUGAAGCACAAGAGAACAUACUGCAUCAACCUGAACCGUCAGACUUCACUCCAGAUAUUAGCCCAGAAACACUUAAGGAAACUCUAACAAAGCGAGAAGCGGAGCUUGUUCAUUUGCAGUCCCUGUUUGAAGUCUUGGAAUCUGAAAUGGCAGCUAGAAAUGAUUUGUGCUUGGACUUGGAGGGCAAAAUUUGUGAAAUUGAAAUCGAAAAGACAAACGGCACAGACAAGUUGACGUCCAUUACUCAAGAAAACAAGAAACUGAACAACCACAUUGGAGAGUUGACAGAAGAGAUUGAUUCACUUAGACUACAGUUGCAGACCUCCAAAUGCCAGCUCUCAGAUGUUAUGGAGAUGAUGGAAAGCUUAGAGAUGGCAAAAGGUGAGUGGAAUGAGAAGUUUUUCCAGAUUGAGAGUGAACUAAAAAGAGUGCGUUCGGAGAAGGCUAAUUUAGAGAAGCACAUCCUGUCCAUGGAGGCUGACAUAGAAGAGAUACAAGAACAGAAGCAGAAGCAAGCAGCAGAGCUUGAAGCAGCUAGGAGGACAAAUUGCAGCCUUGAACAACAACUUAAUAUAACUAUGGCAGAAGGUGGGCGGCUUAAAGAAGAGCUUAUUUUGUGUGCUGAUGAAAGGGAAAGUGAAAAUCUCUCCUUAAUGAAGUGGAAAGAAAAGGUUGAGCUUCUGGAGAAGAGAGAAACCGAUACACGAGAACUUAUAAAAGAGCUAGAAGAGGACAUUAGGAUUGGGAAAAGAAAAAACGAGGUGACAGCUAACCAAAUUGAUGUUCUGCUGAAAGAAAAAGAGCAACUCAUUCAAUGGUCUCAAAACCUUGAGAAUACAGUGGCUCUUUUGAAUGAAGACAACAAAAAUCUGCUAAGUGAAUUUAAUGGUUUAAAGAGCAAUGAGAAUUUUGCUUCAAGAGAGUCUGAAAACAUGUCUUCCAAAAUCCAUUCACUUGAGCAUGAGAAUAUCAGGCUGUCCCAAUCACUUGAAUCGUCCCUUUUGGAGAAAGGUGAAAUAGCCUCUAGGUUGAUUUCUACUCAGGAGGAGGUAGCUCAGAUGAGGCAGGGCAUUGAAAAACUGAAGGUACGAAUUGAAUCUGAUGAACGGAAAAAGAACCACAUGAGUCAGCUGCUCAAAGCUGCCCAGAGGAAGACAGAUGUUCUUCAGGACAGCAUUGAAAAGCUGGAGAGAGAUAAAGAACUUUCUGACCAGAAUCUAGAGGAUGCCAUUCUUCAAGCAGAGACUGCCAAAGCUGAGCUCGAGGAAGUACAGGCUGAAACACAAGAGCUUACCAAGAAAAUUGAAGAGAUGGUCAGUGAGCUGAAAGAUCUCAAGGAGGAGAAAUAUAAACUUGAGCAAGAACUUCAACAAAAGAACAACCUAAUUGAUGAAUUGCAGUUGUCCAAUCAAGCAGCUACUGAAAAGCUUAAAUCUGUGGAAGAGGCAACAAUGAACCAGCAACAGAUAAUUGAGGACUUCCAUUUAAAAGUUGAUGCCAUGGAGGAGGAACUUCAACUCUGUCGAAGAGAAGUAGAAUCGAAAGAACAGAAAGCACAGGAUUUGACCACUCAUUUGCUGUCUUUGCAAUCAGAAAACAAAGAGUUUUCCCAGAGAGUCCUUGAAUAUGAAAGGUGUCAAGCGGAGCUUCGUUCAUCCAAACAGUUGCUCUUGAAAGACUUAGAAAACAAGCAGCGGGAUCUUAGCAAAGAAAACGCACAACUUCAGUCACAAAUAGCUGAGCUGCAGGCACUAUCUUCAAGUCAAGAAGAGCGAGAUGAAUUGAAAAAGGACAAGGUUGAGUUGCAGUCUACUAUUGCACAGUUGGAGGAGAUGGCACAGAUACAGUCUACCAAGAUAGAGGUAUUGCAGACAAGUGUAACUUCUUUGGAGAAUAAUAUCCAGCAUCUGGAGAGCCAACUUGAUGCUAUGAAGCUCAUGAACUCCGAAGUAACAGAAAAGUUAAAUGCACUGCAUGAGAGCAGUUUGCACCUCCAAACACAACAUCAGCAACGACUGUGUGAGGAAAGGGAAAGACAGAAUGCUUUGGAGAUUAAUCAAAAUCUAUUGACUUGUCAACUGCAGGAGUCUCAAAAACAAAUCGAGACAUACAAGCUCAGCUUAGAAGCACUGACAACGGAAAAAGAUGGCCUACAGAAAAAUGUAUCCGAUAUUCAGGAAAGUCAUGAUGUUCAGAUAAAGGAAAACAACAGGAGGCAUGAGGAGAACCUGAAACGUGUACAGCAGCAGAAUGAGAUGGAGCUUAAUAAACUGAAGGAAGAAAGUAUGGCGGUUGAAGAAAAGGCUGCACGGUAUCUAUCAGACCUCAAUAGCUUCAAGUCUCAAAAUGCAGAUGUGGACUCUACCUUCAAGGAGUUACAAAACAAAUUAGAACUUUGUAAAAAAGAAAAGGCAGAGUUAGACUCAAAGGUUGUGCGCUUGUCCAAAGAGAAGGACAGUGCUAUGAGUAAGAUCAAUUUGUGGAUGAAGUCGUGCAAACAGCUGGAGAGUGAGAAGGAGGCACUUCAGGAAGAACUUCAGCUGCAGGGACAACAGAUAGCAGCACUGCAGGCCUCACAGAAACAAGGUGAUGCCGGCAGUAGUGUCGCCCGGCAGGAAGAACUACAGGAGCUGAGGGAAGCUCUGGAGGAAAAGAGCCGUGAAGCAGAUGAGAGCAUGGACCGAUACUGCAGCCUCAUGGUCAAAGUUCACAAGCUCGAAGAGACCAAUGAAAGCCUCAAGAACCAGCUCAAGCAGUUGAGCACCCAGACAAAGACCCCCAAGACCAGGAGGUCACUCAGGUCUGAGAAGACUGACCUGGAGAACAGUAAACCAGUGGAAGACAAAGCAAACGUGCCAGCAGGAAAGAGACCGAGAGCAGCAGAUGACACUCCUAACAAAGCACAGGAAGCCUUGCACUGUAUCACCAAGAGACUGAAAGCUGCGGCUGCCACACCUAAAGCCACACUAGAUGUAGACGAUGAGGAUUUCAAACCAGAGGGUUUGCCUGAACUUGUUCAGAAAGGUUUUGCAGAUAUUCCAGUUGGAGAGAUGAGUCCAUUCAUCAUUCGCAGAACCACAGUGCAGCGCUGCAGCCCUCGUCUGGCCGCCCGAAUGACUGUGGCUCAGCAGAGCUCAGUUUCAGCAGAGCAUCCUGUGCAAAUCUCCAAACAGACAGCAGAGGGCAGAACUUCAAACACUGUCCAGGUGCCUAAGGCUAUCCAGAGCAAUGCGGCUGUAUUAUCUCCACUGACCAACAGUCCACAGGAAAACAGCUGUGAAAGCCCAGUGCCUGCUAUAGAGCAGAAAAUUAGCAGGCGCUCUCGCAGCUUCAAAAAGACCCCGGAGAAACAAGAACGGGUCAGUGCCUCUCCAAAACAAAACGACAACUGCCAAGUUCAGUGAUUAGUGGGAUGCCAUGUGAAUUUCCCUUUUUUUUUAAUGCUAUAUUUUUCAGAAUGUUUAUGCACUGGCUUUUUAGCUUUGUAAAUAAUAUACAAGGGCAUCUGUACCAUAUGUAUUUUGUUACAUUUCUGAUUUCUGUAUCUCAUUUUUCUUUCUUUUUUACUGUUUCAAGACACAAAAUGAUUGAUGUUUUAUCCUUAACACAG